GAGCCGGCACGUGAGGUCUUGUUGUUGUUGGAUUUUGCGGGUGAUUUUCGAAUUGAUAAACGCCCAAUCGGACCCAUCUACGACUUUCUUUCCUCAACUUUUUACUCGACGCAGUUCAGCCGAGGAGGCGUCAUCGCAGCUUGUCGGCUCGCCCCUCAGAAUAACGCGCACGUUCCUAGCAGCAUGGCAAUCAUCAGUAGUGACCUUGCCACCGUUCUUGCGCUGGUCAUAGGUGCAGUAGCCCUGAUCUCCUACUUCGGUUCCAUCCGAGUCGAUGCCAGAGAGCCACCAGUCAUCCAGCCCAGGAUUCCAAUCAUCGGCCAUUUGAUUGGCCUGCUGCGCAAUGGUCCUCUGUAUUUUAAUCAAGUCAGGGUGAGGACUAAAACUGACUUCUUCACUCUGCCUAUACUUGGAAGCCCCAAUUAUGUGUGCGGAUCACCUGCCAUUAGUUCGGCAAUCCAGCGAACGUCUUCAACUCUCGAUCUCGACCAUCUUGUCGCCCAAGUGUCACCGCUCAUGAUAGGCUUGAGCAAAAAGGGGGCCGAAGCCUUGAGAGACCCUACUGCUAGAGCCGAAGGUCGCGAUAUCGUUCACUUGAACCACGGCAUCAUCAACCCACCUUUGUUGGCACGCAAUCUGGAAAGCCUUACGGGGAAACAGCUCAAUUAUUUCAGCAACUUUGUCAGUGGGUUGAAGAACGAUCAAGAGUUUGAACUGUACCAUAUGGCAACCCGACAAGUGGCGCUGGCCUCCAUGGAUACCUUCUACGGACCUAAUAAUCCAUUCAACGCCGAGCCAACUUUGAUAGAGGACUUUUUCGUCUGGGAGGAUAAUCUCGUGAACUUUAUGACUCUACCCUCCAUGUUCACGCGCAAAGCCACGCAAGCGCUUGCGAGAAUGGUGAAGGCGUACCAAAACUAUCUGGACAACGGCCUCUUGAAAGAGGCCCAUACCAUGUUCCAAAACCGACAAAAUCUACAUGUCAGCGCCGGUAUGUCUGUGGAAGAUCAAGCGCGUCUCGAGAUCGGCCUUGCGUUUGGAUUCAACACCAAUGCUGGCAUCUCUAUGUUCUGGAUGUUGAACCACAUGUUCUCGCGCCCUGAGCUCCUUGCAGAGAUCCGCGAGGAAGUCGCCGAGAACGCCAUCAUCGCGCCGGGUACCAUUUCGUAUGCCAAGGUCAAGGAUCAUUGUCCACUGCUCGUCUCGGUUUUCAGGGAAACACUCCGUGUGAGCGCACCCAUGACAAGUGGACGAUGGGUAAAAGAAGAUACAGUCGUCGCCGACAGAUAUCUCCUCCGCAAAGGCUCCGUCGUCCAAAUCUUGGGCGGUCUUCUGCACAACGACCCUGCCGUCUGGGGUCCAGACGUGGAUUCGUUCAACCCCCGACGAUUCCUAAACUCACAGCCCGGAUUGAAGACUGAAGGAGAAGGAAAGACAUCGUCGCAGCCGGUCCAUCCCGCUGCGUUCCGUAGUUUCGGCGGCGGAGCGUCCAUGUGUCCUGGACGGUUCUUUGCGCAGAUGGAACUCAUGACUUUGGCGGCGGUGCUCGUGAGUGGGUUCGAGUUGCUGCCGCCGCGCGGCCGCCGGGAAGUGAGCUGGCAUCCUGCAAAGGACGAGACCAAGUUUACGCUGGCUGCUUGCAAACCCAAGACGAGUGUUGAUGUUCGACUACGAAGACGAGAGGGUAUGGACGGUGUGGAGUGGAAGCUGGUACCGUGAGAACUGGCAAUACUGGGCCAGUGGAAUCUGGGAAGGAGGAAGAUACGCCUACGAAACAACCACACAUUGUUGUCAGCGUUGUUUCUGUCGGUGCUGUAGACUAAUUCGACGGGUAG